AUGGAAGAGGAGGUCCAGGAGUAUGAGGAAGAGGUUACAGAUGAAGAACAGCAGCCAGUCGAUAUUACGAUGCAUGCCCUUGCCGGUUAUGCGAACCCGCAAAUGAUGAAAGUGGGAGGACUUCUGAAGCAACAACCUAUCACCAUUCUUAUUGACACCAAGAGCACUAAUAAUUUUAUAAACAACAAGGCAAUUGGGAAAACAUUUUGUGUUGGUGGUGACGUUGUUGCUUAUUUCCGUUACUUAACAAUAGGUCACUGGACUUUUGGAGCUCAGGUUUACAAAAGGCAGCUCAUGUUGAAUUAUCUCAUAGCAAAAUACAAUAAACCUCAGGUGUUUCUAAUUAAUGGGGCUACCAUGGGAGGUGGGGCUGGACUUUCCAUGAAUGCAAGAUACAAAAUUGUUACAGAAAAUACGGUAUUUGCUAUGCCAGAAGCAGCAUUAGGUCUUUUUCCAGAUGUUGGCGCAUCUUACUUUCUGUCCAGGCUUCCUGGAUAUUUCGGGGAAUAUCUUGGCCUUACCGGUGCGAGAUUGGAUGGGGCUGACAUGUUAGCUUGUGGUCUUGCAACUCACUUUGUUUUGUCAAAGGACCUGCCUUUGCUGGAAAAAUCAUUAUAUGAAGUGGAUACGGCUGAUCCAAUUAUAAUCCAAGGAAUCAUCGCCAAGUAUGUGCAACAAACACCUCUCAAGGAAGAGAGUGCUUUUCGAAGGCUAGAUGUCAUCAACAAGUGUUUCUCAAAGCAAUCGGUGGAAGAAAUCCUAUCUUGCUUGGAACAACAAGUCAUAAGUCGAAAUGAAAAGUGGAUUACUACAGCAAUCAAGUCAAUAAAUACGGCAUCACCGAUAAGUCUUAAGCUCUUCCUUUUAUCGAUCAGGAAAGGACGGUCGGAAGAUCUUGAACAAUGCCUGAUUCGAGAAUACAGGAUGCUUUCUCAUGUCUUUCGACGAACAGUGAGCAACGACUACUUCGAGGGAGUCAGGGCAAAAUUUCUGGAUAAAGAUAACAAUCCAAAGUGGGAACCUUCAAAGUUGGAAUUGGUUAGCAAUGAGAUGCUGAAGAAAUUUUUGACCAAGUUAGAUGAAGAUGAAGCGUGGGAAGACCUCCAACUUCCUUCCGAACAUAGACACACCAACCCACGCAUAGCUAAACUGUAG